UUUGAUGCAUGGCAUCGAUUUUGGUGGGUGGGGGUGUUGUCCAGUGGCUCAGGCUUCAGCAGGUCGCACGGCGGGGGGGACAGCAGGGGAGGAGGGGCAAGGCGUCUUGUCAGCGCUGCAGCUGUCACAGAGCCAGGAGAAGCCCAGCUCCGGGACAGGUGGCUGGCAGUGCAGGGCACUGGCUGUCUGCCCAGCCCCCGCCCUAGGUGCGGGACCGGCCAUGGAACAGGAACUGCCGGCACUCGGGCCGGAGGUUUAAUAUUUGUGCAGGCGCGGCAGAGACUCACUGGCUCCGCGGACGCACGAGCAGCGGGCUCCUAGCGCUGCCCCAUGCGGAGCCCCUCCUUUCUCUCGCGGCGGCCGCCGCCGAUGCUGCUGCUGCUGCUGUCGCCGUGGCCAGUCUGGGCCCAGCCGUCCACCGCGACCGCCACCUCGGGAGCCCCAGGCAUUCCGGACUGCCCCGAGGCGUGCGCGUGCGCGCCGGGCGGCCUGGUCAACUGCUCGGGGCGCUCUCUGCCCGCCGUGCCAGAGGGUCUGAGCCGGUGCGUGCGCGCGCUGCUGCUGGACCACAACCGUCUGCGCGCGCUGCCGCCUGGCGCCUUCGUGGGCGCAGGCACGCUGCUGCGCCUGGACCUGCGGGAGAACGGGCUGCGUUGGGUGCACGCGCGGGCCUUCUGGAGCUUGGGCGCGCUGCAGCAGCUCGACCUCAGCGACAACCUGUUAGAGGCGCUGGCGCCCGGCACCUUCUCGCCCCUGCGCGCGCUGCGCGCCCUCUCGCUGGCCGGCAAUCGGCUGGCGCGUCUGGAGCCCGCGGCGCUGGGCGCGCUCCCGCUGCUGCACGCGCUCAGCCUGCAGGACAACGAGCUGUCUGCGCUCGCGCCGGGGCUGCUGGCCGGCCUGCCCUCUCUCCACGCGCUGCACCUGCGCGGCAACCCCUGGACCUGUGGCUGCGCGCUGCGUCCGCUCUGCUCCUGGCUGCGCAGGCACCCGAGGCCGGCGCCAGAGGCCGAGACGCUGCUCUGCGUGUUGCCAGGGCGCCAGACGCUCAGCCCCUUGACCGCCUUCCCGGACGCCGCCUUCAGCCACUGCUCGCAGCCACUCGCCCCGCGGGACCUGGCCGUGGUCUACGUGCUCGGGCCCGUCUCCUUCCUCGCCAGCCUGGCCGCCUGCCUGGCGCUGGGCUGCCUGCUCACCGCCUGCCGCGCGCGGCGCUGCACUGCCCUCAGCCGCCUGAGGAGACCGCGGGACCCUGGCCCUGGGAGCCCCGCCGCCUCUGCUCAGGCCUGAGCGGGCGUUGGCUGUUCUCGAAUCUUCCCCCCUGCCCUUCUUCACA